AGCAGGUCACCAGACUGGAGUAAGUCUCUCAGAGUACAGUACUUGUGUUCAAGGUUGUAUGGGCUCACCCUCGUCAUGAAACUGUGUAUCUCCUCAUAACUUUUCAGUUUUUACUUUGUCGCUAUAUUGGUAUCAGUCAUGACGGUGUAAUUCUUUUGCCACAUAUUAUUGCUGCUAAUUGUUUGUUAUGGUCUCCAUGAAUUCAAAUACAGGAGUACCUUUGUCUUUUUUCAUUCGCUUUAAGCACCUAUGACGUCUUUGUUCCGAAUUAAAUUGUCACACAUACCACAUGCUAAUGUUGCCGUCACAGAGUAAUUUUAUUAUCGCUGCGGAAAUUGUUUGUGAUUGACUGUACAGUGCACAACCUUACAAAAAAUGAUUGUGUGAGUUUAAUGUUGUGUAGUAUGUACCUGCAUUCUACAGUAUGCAUAAACUGCACGAGGAACUGUUUAUUAUGCCUCUGUCUAUGUUUUCAUAGCCCUUGUUGUGGGGCAGGGCUGUGGGAGUGCUCUACCGGUCAUGUUUUAGACUGAUAAGCCUCACUUAUUAACAUGACCGAGGCGAAAACAGGAGGUGUUAUUUAGACGUUGAUUGAAUGUUCAGCUGCGUUUGAAUGUUAAGUCAGCAUAUAAUUAAGCGAUGGCACAAGAGAAUAAAGAUAUUUUUCAGUUGAUUGCUAAAGUCAUUGCCGAAGCUUCGGACUCUGCUGAAAAUGGCGAGGUACUCAUUUCUGGUAAACAGUACCUGUCCAUCCAGGAUUUUGCCUCCACAAUUCCCAACCACCUGCUGUUAGGUUCCCUCCUAGAGCAUUUGUGUUUUGUCUAUGAGAAAGAUCAGCAGCGAUCACGUAUGCUUUUCAAAGUGAUUGGACAGCGGUUGGCAGCGAUGAACCUGCUCUCUCCGCUGGCCGUAAGCGAUGAGUUCAGCACUGUGAGGCUCCAGCACAACAGGGCCUUUGCUGAGCUGCUGCAUGCCGCCAGCACUUCCCUCUUCCACCAGGACCAUAGGUAUUUAAAUACAGAUAAUCAGAGCCUCAAGACAAGACCAAAAGAUGGUCUUUUCCAAGCUCAGACAUCUCGCUACCUCAGUGAGUUUGAGGAAAUAUGUGGACUUGGCAAAGGAUCGUAUGGAAAGGUUUUUCAGGUGAGGAAUAAAUUGGAUGGCCAGUUGUAUGCAGUUAAGAAAAUUCUGAUAAAGCAUGUUACAAGAGAAGACUGUAGAAAGGUGCUUAGGGAGGUGAAAUUGCUGUCUAGCGUACAGCAUCCUAACAUAGUGGGUUAUCACACAGCCUGGAUGGAACAUGUGCAGUCUUCAGAGGAAAACCCAAAAUCUGUCAUUUCUAAUUUACCAGCAUUGAAACCAUCAUCAAUGAAAGACAGUGAUGGUUCCUCUAUAGUAUUUGAAAGCUCCUACUGCCCAGAAGCUAACAUGCAAGACUCUCUGAAGGAAGCUAGCACAGCAGAAGGUGUACCUGGAAGCACACCAGAGCAGAGUGAAGCGGUGUGCUCCAAAGGCAGGAGCACUAUGGAUAACUUUGUGCCUUGUGUGUUUCUGGGGGAUCCGCAUGUAACGGCGGUGAACGGCUGCCCCGUGGCCAAUUGGGAUGGCUCUGCGUUGACAGAGGGCCAGUCAAAUAGGAGCAUGUUUGAGUUAAACAACUCUUAUUUUGAAACAGACAGUCACCAGUGCAGUGACAAGCAUACCCAAAAGAUGCAGCUCCAGCUCAUGCUGUACAUCCAAAUGCAGCUGUGCAAACUCUCUCUGAGGGACUGGAUCCUGGAGCGGAACCAGGGCAGCACUUCCCCAUCAGAUCCUUAUGGGAGUGUAGAUGUGGAAAAAACAUUCAGAAUUCUCCGGGCAAUACUUGAAGGAGUGGACUAUAUCCAUUCCAGAGGAAUUAUGCACAGAGACCUCAAGCCUAGAAAUAUUUUCCUACAUGGACCUGACUGCCACGUGAAGAUCGGAGACUUUGGGCUCGCAUGCAGAGACAUAAUAGUGGAUGCUCAAGAUUGUGAGCCCAGUGCCAGUUGCUCCUUUCACACCUCUGGAGUAGGAACAUUUGUGUAUGCUGCACCAGAACAACUAAAGGGCUCCAACUACGAUUCAAAGUCUGAUAUGUACAGCAUGGGGAUAGUUGCUGUUGAGCUUUUCCAGCCUUUCGGGACCGAGAUGGAGCGUGUGCAUACACUGGAGGAUGUCCGCCGAGGGAAGGUCCCCAGUGGCUUCUCAGAGCAGUGGGCCACGCUUAGCGGUUACAUCAGUCUGCUGACCAGCCCGGAGCCCUGCCGACGGCCCAGUGCAGCCCACCUACUGCAAAGUGAGCUCUUUCAUGACAAAAACAGGGUUAUCCAUAAUUUGCAAAGGAAGGUUGAGGAGCAAGAGGAAGAGAUUGUGCAGCUGAAGAAGCAAAUCAGUGAACUGCAGAGCACUCAGGAUGCAUUACGACAGCUGGGUCCAACCUGAACAGAGCCUAUGAAACUCCACUCAGAUUCAUGUUGUUUACUUAUGUAAAUAAUUUAGUGCAAAUGGUUAUAUAUAUAUAACAUUAUUUGUAUUUAACUAUGUGCUAUAUUAUCUUUUAAAAAGUGUAAAAUGUGAAACUUCACAUUGCAGGAAUUUUUCUUUUACCUCAGUGAUAAAAAAAAAAACCUCAGUGCAAGUUCUUUGCCUUAUGUGUUUUACUUUUUCGAACCACACGACGGCGUUUGUAGCAUGUGUAGACCAAAUAAUUUUCGCAGUCCACUUUCAAUACAGUACAGUAACAUUUCGAUUGUUGCACCUGAAAACUUGCUGUCUAUAAUUCCAUAUUUACAUAACCAAAGUAGAAUAAUUAUAAUUACCUAGAUAAAUUUUUGUUGUUCAAGCUUUGCAUAGA